AUGAUCUGAUUUUCUGUGUCACUCUACGGGGACGAAGUUUCCACUAGUAUUCUUUUUUCUUCCUUCCUUCCUAAGAGUUUCUGCCCCAACGCCUCCUUCUCGUUGUGCUCCAGAAGUCAUGCUUUGAAUACAGAAGUCUUUCUUUUUCUUUUCUCGCUAAAUAUGUGA